AUGGAAUCAAAAACCGGGAUAGCUAAUUGGAUUGCACUUGAUGAUUAUGAAAUUCAAGAUACGAAUGUUGAUGAAGAGGAAUUUAUUGAGGAUACACCACAAAUCAAUUUUGUUGAUGAUUCGGCAAAAGAUGAUCAAUCAAAUGUUAACAAACGAAAAAGAACAAAUAGCAAAACGAAAACAAGUAACAAAAAAAAAACAAGUGGCAAAGAAACAUCCUCUUGUUGGGACUCAUUUGAUAAAGUUAUGAUAAAAGAAGAUGAUGGUAUGGAAAGAAGAUAUGGAAAAUGUCAAUGGUGUGAAAGGCUACUAAAGGCGGAUGUGGAAAGGAAUGGGACUUCUAGUUUACUCAAACACGUAGAUCGGUGUCCAAAAAACCCGAAUAAGCUACAAGAUCCAACUCAAACCAAAUUGAAUCUAAAAAAGGAGUCAAAUGGAGAUACUAGUGUUAAAACAUGGAAACACGAUGAUGCAAGGAUCAAAAAAGCAUUACUUAACCUUUUUGUGGUAGGCGAAUUACCUUUCAAGUUCGUUGAAAACGAGGCUUUUGUGGAAUACACCAAUGCACUUAAUGCUAAGGUUGUGUUGCCAUCUAGACAUACAAUAUCCCGAAAUGUUUCCAAAUUUUACAUAGAAGAAAGAACCAAAAUGCUUCAAUUUUUAAGUAACCCAAAGACCGCUAUACAUUUGACAACGGACACUUGGACGUCUUCUUGUCAAAGGACUACUUACAUGGUGGUCACGGCUCACUUCAUAGAUGAGAAUUGGAUGAUGCACAAGAGAAUUAUAAACUUUAGGGAGAUAGAUAGCCAUAAGGGAGAGGAUAUGGGCCGAGAAUUACUCGAUUGUAUUCGUGGAUGGGGAAUGAAAAAUGUCAUGACCAUUACCUUGGACAACGCCGCUACAAACGACAAGGCAAUGGACUUUUUGGUCAAAAAGUUGCCCAAUCUUUACGAGGGUGGAAAGCAUUUCCAAGUUAGGUGUAUGGCUCACAUUUUAAACCUUAUCGUAAAGGAUGGACUAAAAUACCAAAACUAUCAUGUUGAGUGUAUCCAAAAGGCGGUACGGUACAUUAGAUUGUCACCACAAAGAAUAAACAAGUUCAAGAAGGCGAUGAAAGAUUGUGGCUUACAAACGAAGAAGUUUCUAUGUGGUGACACUCCUACCCGAUGGAACUCGACUUUCGAGUUAUUGAAGUCCGCAUAUGAGUUACGAGAGGCAUUUACGGAAUUUGGCAUAAGAGAUAAAUCAUAUGAAAGGGAUCUCGGUAGAGUACCGGAAAAUUAUGACUUUGAAGUUGUAACCGAAAUGGUGAAAUUCUUUGAAAAAUUCAAAACAAAAACAGAGCUUGUUUCGGCUACAUCAAAACCUUUGGUAAAUAUUUUUAUCAGGGAAGUCUUAGAUGUGGACAUACAUCUAAGAAAGUGGUCAACCAAACCAAUGUUUCUCGAUAUGGUAAAAGAUAUGAGGACGAAAUACGAAAAGUAUUGGGGUGCAUAUAACAAGAUGAAUGAUUUUAUGUACUUUGCGUUUUACUUGAUCCUACCACCAAAUCACCUUUUUUGUUACAUGCUUUUAAAAAAAUGA